CUCACAAUUCUUUUUAAUAGUCGGACACAAAAUGAAGGUCAUCCAAAAUGGUUUGUUCUGGGUGUUGGACAAGUCAUAAAAGGGUUGGAUAUUGCUAUGAUGAAUAUGUGUCCUGGAGAAAAACGGAAAGUGAUCAUUCCUCCGUCGUUAGCAUAUGGACAGCAAGGAUAUGCACAGGGCAAGAUUCCACCCAAUGCAACACUGAUCUUUGAGAUUGAACUUUAUGCGGUAAAUAAGGGACCUCGCAGUGUUGAAGCAUUUAAUCAAAUAGACAAGGACAGUGACAAAAAGCUCUCUGCACUUGAGAUAAGCCAGUAUUUGAAAGAAGAAUUUGCAAGAGAUGGCAAAGAACGUCAUCCCUCAGUCCAUGAUGAAAUCUUAGCUGAUAUAUUUAAGAAGAAUGACCAUGAUGGAGAUGGUUUUAUAUCAGCGAAGGAGUACAAUGUCUACCAGCAUGAUGAACUCUAA